AUUAUAUACUUUUAUAGUUUACAUUUAGACUGCAGAGUGCAGUCAUAGACAAUAGUCAGGACUCAGUAGUCAGUUUUCGUUAUAACUUUAAUGUCGCGGAUUAACCGAACUUGUAUUUUCUAUGCGGUAUAAACAGUAAACACUAAACUAUGUUAGAUGAAUGCAAUAUAAACCAAAAUUGAAACUUUAAAUUAUUAUACAAUUUCUGUGCGAAGUACUUGUGAUAAUUGGUACUUAAUUACUUUUUACGUAGCUUCUAAUUAACGAGUUGGAAAUUUAAUAGUGUGACCAUGUAGUAUGACCAAAGUCCAAACGCAUUAUUUCCAAAAACCACAUUGAAGUAUCCUUAUGUAUAAUGUCGUCUCAUGAACCAAAACCGUCAAUAACCAAUGUUCUGGAUUUGUUAGCUCAACAGAAUAUUGUGAUUUCUGGAGGAAAAGUUAAAGAAGGCUAUUCUAUCUUAACAUUUCCAGACACUAAUCAUUUUUUUGAGCUAUCAGAAGAAGAUUAUGAAAAACUUAUAUCAUACAUUACCUCGGUGCCAUCUUUACAAGAGGUUGAUCUAGGUUUUGUGGUUGUCGUUGACAGACGCAAUGAUAAGUGGAGUUCAGUUCGAUGCGUUCUUCAACGAUUAGCAGAAUUUUUUCCGGGUCUUAUUCAUACUGUUUAUGUGAUAAGGCCUAAUGGUUUUUUUCAAAAAGCUAUUUCAGAAGUCAGUAAUAAGUUUUUCAAGGAAGAUUUUAAAUUUAAAGUAGUUAUAUGUAGUGACAUUGAAGAGCUACAUGAUUAUAUAGAUUUAACUGAGCUUACUGUAGAGCUCGGUGGUACAUUACCCUAUUUUCAUCAAUAUUGGAUCCAACAAAGAAUGGCACUUGAGAAUUUUUCUGUUGAAACCAAUGAAGUGUCUUCAAUGCUCAAUGAGUUUACAGAAAGAUUAACAAACGAUGCCAUUGAUUUGCCUGGCACAAAAGAACACGUGGCUGAAUUAUUAUGUCGACACGCCGUAGAAUUUGGAAGGUUGAAAGAUUACUUUGCUGAAGCUGUAAGAAAAGGCGAAACUUUAUUAAAUGACUUUAAACUAGACACCGAUACUUAUCAUGGCACCAUACCUUCAACUGUUACAAAUGUUGCGGCUCUUGAAAGAUUAUUGGUUCAAAUGGAAGAGACCGAAAGAGUAUUUGAUAGUUUUUGGGAACAGUAUUCUGGGCGACUCAAACAAUGUCACUCCUUAAGAGCAUUUGAAGAGAAUUUUAACCUAGUUCAGAGUUCAUUGAAUUUUCAUUUGAAAAUGUUAUCUGAAAUGACUGAUGUUGGUGAUUCAGUUGAACGGGUCGAGUUAUUACUUGAAGAACUAGUUGCAUUCCAGAAGUCAAGCCUUGAAAAAAUGAAAAUGAGCGAAGAGCUAUUACAUUGUGGUGGGCAGUUAUUAGCAUCAAAACGUUUUAUUGUCUUAGAAAGUGUCCAACCUAAGUGCGAUGAAGUACAAAGACUCACACAAACAUUAAAUGAUCGUUUAGAAAAACGUUUACAGACUUUAAAUAAAAGUUGUGAGCUACAAGCUCGAAUUCAAAAGGCCAGUGAGUGGUGUGCAAAAGGUGUGAAAUUAUUAGGCUCGGAACCAGCUGACAAGUGUACAAGUGCUGAGCAAGCUCUAGCUGAAUUGGAAGAGUUCAUGAAUAGUGCUCACCACCUUAAAGUAGAAAGCCCUAGGGAGUUCUAUUCUUUAUUUGAAGAUACCAUUACACCUGAAACUAAACCAAUUGUUACACAAGUAUUACAAAGACUAGACGACGUAACCACCAUGUGCGAUAAACGCUUAGCGAGUCUUAAGCGUUUGAUAAAUAAACCAAGACCUGUACAAUCAGUAAAUCCAGAACCUGCUAUUCCAAUUCAUUUAUCUAAUCUUUCAAAGGUAUCUAACAAUAUAGAUGAAUGCAAUACGAAAGUAUAUGAAAACAACGCUUCUAAAACUAAACACGUUCUCGAUGAGCUAUUGUAUACUGAACGACAAUAUACCACAGAGUUGGGUAGCAUACUUAGGGGAUACAAAGAUCAAAUGGAAUUACCAGAUAUGAAAACAUUGAUACCCACUGGUCUAAAGGGGAAAAGUGAAGUUUUAUUUGGAAAUCUUGAGAGCAUUUAUAGUUUUCAUAGUCAAUUUUUUUUGCCAGCUUUAGAAAGUAAUUCUUCAGAUACUGAAACAGUGGCAGUUUGUUUUACGGACAAUAGAGAAAAACUUCUGCAACUUUAUACUUACUACUGUGUAAAUCUUACGAGAUCAGAAGAAAUAAGAGAAACUAUUGGAGAAGACAACGAGUUCUUUAAAGCAUGUCAAAAGAAGCUUGGACAUCGUUUACCGCUCGGUGCUUAUUUAUUAUUGCCGAUGCAAAGAAUUACCAAGUAUCAACUUCUGCUUAAAGAGCUGUUGCACAAUGAAAAAAAUCAAAAUUGUAUUAAUAAAUUACAAAAAGCUCUUGACUGUAUGUUACUUGUUCUAAACAAUGUCAAUGAUAAUAUGCAUCAAAUUGGAAUAACUGGCUUCCAAGGCGAUUGGAAUGACCUUGGUGGGUUACUUUUGCAAGGAUCGUUUGCUGUAUGGGUUGAAAAUAAAAAAGAUUUGCUGAAGGAGCUUCGACUCAAGCCAAUGAGGCGUCAAAUUUUUUUAUAUCAGCAAGGGUUGUUGCUGUGCAAAAAAUCUUCAAAAGAUAAUAAACCUAUGUACCAUUUUAAGAAAUUUUUACGAAUGGGAAAAAUUGGUUUGACUGAAACUGUCAAAGGAGAUAUGACCAAAUUUGAAGUAUGGUUAGAAGGUCGUCUGGAAGUUUAUACGAUUCAAGCAUCGAAUGUACAGCAAAAACAACAAUGGGUAUCUGAAAUUAAGCGUGUGUUACUCGAGCAGCUAGCUGAAUUAAAAGGUGAAAAAAUCAAGCAAUACAUACAUGCUUUUGGGAAGCACGUGAAUUUAAGACACACUCAUUCCUUGGAUAACCAAAGUGAUUCAAAUUCCACCCGUGGAAGACGUCCACUUAGUCAUCAUGAAACGACUGAUGAUGAUUCUUCUGAUUAUAGUUAUACAGAUGAUGAGUCUCUUGAUGAAACAAUAAAACAAAAAGCUGAUAGUUAUAUAUCACUAGCUGACUACAAUGCUCUUCGGCCAACAGACGCCACUCUGAAGAGAGGGGAUAAAGUCGACUUAUUAAAGGCUGGUUCAAGUAGUUGGUGGUAUGUCAAAGUUCAUGGCUCGAAAACUGAAGGUUGGGUUCCAGCAGCUCACUUAGAAAUCAGUGGUCGUAAAUCAUCACAUAGUUCCCAAUCACUUUGUAGUCAUGGAUCAACAUCAACUGAUUAAAAUAAGUUUAUCAUUUAAGAAAUGGUGUGUAUAUAUUUGUGAUAUUAAGUAUUUAAUUUUUUUUUAAUUAUUAUUAUUACUAUAUAUAUACAGUCUAAUUUGAUUUAAUUUAUUUUAUUAAACUCCUACUAUAUAUAACACGCAUUAGAUAUUACGGUUCUAUAUAUAUUAGUUGAUUAUUAUUAUUAUUAUUAUAGUAGCAAACAAGUUUACAAACUCAAUACACAAUAUUAUUAGCUUUUUUUUUUUUUAUAAUCAGAAAAUGUUUGAGAGCUGUUGGUUUAUUAACAUAGUGAUAAUUGAGUUUUAUUAUUUCAAUGCUUUUAAUUGUUUAGUAUAUUCAUAAUAUUUUUUCUAAAAUAUGCAAAGUACAUAUUUUUAGAGUAUAAUAAUAAAAGUGAUAUAUAUUUUUAAUACUUUAUUGAACACUUAAAAAUGAUUAUAAAAUGAUUUUCUAAUUUAAUUUGUAUUCUAUAAUAUACCGUACAUACUUCUAUUGUUUGUAUAAAUUAAUAGCAUUUAUUGUUGCCAUCAGCUCUUGGGCGAUAUCUCGUGUUAGUUCCUCCUGAAUCCAUGCGUAACUCUUAGACUAAAUAUUUUUAAUAUGUGUAAAACAAUUAUUAUUAGGAAUGUUUAAUACUUUACAUAGAUUUAUGUACCUAUUUUAUUAUUGGAAAAAACUGUUUUGUUUAAAAUUAAUUGGGUUUUUAGAACCUAAGUUGGUGUAAUUUAUUUUUAAAAAUAUGUUCAAGAUGCUAUUUAUAUCUUAUUUACUUAAAAGUUGUAACUAGUUUUAUUUUUUUAAGUACGAGUUUUUGAAGUCAAUACUUGUCUAGUCAUAAAUAAUUCAUACCUCGUAUAACUGUUUAAACAUACUCUUACUGAUUUUGCACUUAAUUUUAAACAGAAUUUAUAAUUUUAAUGAUUAAAGAUUUCAUAAAAUAACCUCAUAAUAUUUACAACUGUUAUUUAAGAUUUGAUUUUCAAAUUUUAAUAAGUUUAGUAUACUCAUAUUUAUUGUUGUGUACAAUCAUAUACAAUCCAUCGUUCUUCUAAUUGUUAAUUGUUACUAGUCUUAUUUAUUAUUUGGCUGGUCCCUCGAAUGUAGUUUUAUGUUAAUUGUGUACUUUUUUAGUUUUUGUAACUCACUUAAUUGUUAGUAUUAUUUAUUUAUUAUUACUCAUGUUUUGUAUUUAUUAUUAUUUUAGUUAUUAUUACUAUUGCUAUUAUAUACGCCUUGUGAUUUUACAAUUUUGAAUUAUAAUUGUGACUCAAUUAAUCAAAA